AUGGCGCAGGUGGAUCGCGCGCAGUCGAACGCUGUGAACCUGCAGGUGCUCAAGCGCCAGGAUGCGGACGUGAUGGAGAUCGUGGACACUGCCGGCCACGUGGUCAUGUACGAGUUCGAUCAGGACGCGCAGAGCUGGAAACGGAAAGACGUCGAGGGCUGCUUGUUCGUUGUGAAAAGAUCGUCGUCGCCGCGUUUCCAGGUCUUUGUGAACAAUCGACUGAGCACGACCAACAUGAAGCUAGAGCUAGACGGACGUCUUCAAGUGGACAAUGUUGAUAGCUUUCUUAUUCUUCGCAGUCCCGAUUCGACGUACCCGUCGGGGUUUGCGAUCUAUGGCAUCUGGUUCUUUCCCGAAGAAGAUCGCACCAAGAUCCUCUUGCUGUUUCAACGUCUCAUCCAGUCGCUGAAAGCUCCGCAAGGCGCUGCCAUUGUGGACACUACGCAUCAGCCCACAAAGGGGCUGUCGCCGAUCAAGACAAGGGCUCAGCCAAAGAUGCAGCAGCAGCAGCAGACGUCACAGCCUACACAGCAGCAAGAACAACAACCGGAGCGGCCUCCGUCACAACCGCGCAAUCGAGGACGUUCGCGCAGCAAAUUGGAUGAUUCAAAGCGACGUGGCACGAGUGCAACAAAACCCACGGCGAUUCUGCAGCGAGACCCGAAAGACAAGCGUAGCAACAGCAGCAGCAGCAGUGGGGGGAGCGCGAACGGCCUGGUCAAGCAGCAGCAAAUCGCCUCGAUGGUCGGCAGCUCGAGCGGUAUGAUUCCAAUUUCCAAGGCCGACGGUGUCGCUGCGGGUGAAGCAAUUAUGGACAUGAUCUCGCAAAAUCGAGCGCGGCACCAGCAGAAGCAGCAACCGACGGCGUCCAGUGUGAACAAGGAGCAGUUGAAGCAGACACUGAUUGGUCUGCUGGAUGACACGCAAUUCUUCGACCAGAUUUAUUACGCGUACGUGGACCGUGUGUCGAACCGAGGAUGA